AGAAUAUUCUCUAACAAAAUACGAAACCUAUAGGCGCUGUGCGGGACAAAGACGGCUACUAUUGGGUGACCGGGCGUACGGACGACAUGCUGAACGUGUCGGGACACCUACUGUCCACCGCGGAGGUCGAGUCGGCCAUAUUGGACAACAAACGGGUCGCAGAAGUGGCGUCGGUAUCGAUGCCGCAUCCCAUCAAAGGCGAAGCCAUUUGUUGUUUUGUUGUCUUAAAAUCCCAACAGAUCUAUGACUUAGACCUCGAGACGGAUAUCAAACAAAGAGUUCGCGAUAAGAUCGGGCCGUUGGCUACCCCUGAGUGCAUAUACUCUGUGAAAGCGUUGCCAAAGACCAGGUCUGGAAAGAUAAUGAGAAGAAUAUUGGCGAAGAUCGCGAGGAAUGACCGAGAAUUGGGUGACUUAUCCACCAUUUCGGACGAGUCUAUCAUCGAUGAGCUGAUGGCCAUUAAGAGUACAAAU